CCCAGUUACCCCGCCUUACCUUAUUAUAUUGUGAGGUCAAAUUAAAAAAUUUUAUUGCGAUAAAUUGUUAUGGUUAUAAGGUCAGAUUAUAAUAGUUUUAAGACCGGGUCUGUUCUUUAUAAUGAAUAAAAUAUUCAAAAUAUACAAUUUCUUAACUAGCUAUUACAAUUAUUUUAUUUUACAAACAUUCAUUCAUUCAUUCAUACUCAUAAUUACACUCAUAAAACUAAAUUAUAUGGAAAUGUGAACUCAAAUAUUAUAUACUAAAAGAAAUACUUAAACUUAAUAGAACAGUACCUUGAGUGUUUGUUAUGUUGUAUUUUUAAUUUUUUUUUUUAAAUUGGAAAUUGUUACGGCCUUGCAGAAUAAACAGAUACUCCGCAGUAGUUCCACUCCUGUUCUUUUCCUUUUCACAACUUCUUUAUCUUGGAAAUUGUUCCUUUGUGAGUAUUCUUACUUAUUUCACUUUAUUUAAUUGUUUUCACUAAUUUCUUAUGACUACACUUAUACAAUUAUUAAUUAUCAAUUUUUUUUCGUUGUUGAUUCCCUUCUUCAUUGUUUUUUUUUCUUAAACAAACUUUUUUUUUUCUUUUAACCAAUGAUAUUUAUUUUAAAAGUUAGUUACUAAAUUGUCAUUUCUAAAUUUUUAAAUUAUUGUGACUUUAUUCAAAUAAUAUUAUUCUAUAAUUUCUUUGUUGUAUUUAUUUCAUUCCUAUGUUAUUAAUUUUAUCGUUGCAGUUAUCAAAAUUUUUAUAUUUUAUCAUUUAUAACCUUAAAAUUUAUGUUGGUAUGUCACACAAAUUUUUGAAGUUGGUGCUCCUGUUUUUAUCUGUCAAUUUAUUGAUUUAUUAAAUUCUUUGAUUAUACAGGAUUUGUCAAAAUUAAAUAAUAAUUUAGAAUAUAGUGUUGGCCAAAACUUAAUAUAAAGAAUGUUAUUUAUUUUAUUGUGAUAAACUGCUCUAAGUAACCGAAUAACGUGGGAUUUACAUUUACGAGUACUCGGAUCCGAGUUAUAUUUGCGAGUUGAGUUCAAUCGUUUACAAUACGUCCGAGUAAAUUCAAAUCUUUUUUUGUUUAAAAAUGGCUCCUUCAAGAAAAAAACGUGCCGCUGUAACUUUAGUAUUGUUUAUGGUGUUUAAAAAGAGGAAAGAAUAUGACAAAGUUAAACGAAAUAGAACUAUUUGGGUUAAACAACAUUUACAAGAGCGCCACAGACUUGGAAUUGAAGAAAAUCUGCUAAAAGAUUUGUUAACCCAAGACGGGAAAGAUUUUAAGAAUUUCAUGCGGAUGGACUACGAAACAUUUUGUAUGUUACAUAUAAAGGUUUAAAAAAACAGAAUACAUAUUUACGAAGUGCUAUAAGUUCUGAAUUACGCCUUGCAAUAACAUUAAGAUUUCUUGCAACUGGAGAUAGCUAUAGGUCAUUAGAAUAUCUGACCAGAGUAUCAGCUUCCACAAUAAGUUUAUUUGUUCCUCAAGUAUGUGAAUAUGUAUAUGAAGUGUUGCAGCCCCAGUAUAUGAAGUUUCCUCGCACAAAAGGCGAGUGGGAAAAAAUUGCCAAGGAAUUUGAAAACAAGUGGAAUUUUCCAUAUACCAUUGGUGCUAUAGACGGCAAACAUAUUGUAAUAGAAGCACCGCCCAAUGCAGGAUCCUACUAUUUCAAUUACAAGGGCACACAUAGUAUAGUGUUAUUCGCUUUAGCAGACGCAAACUAUAAUUUUUUGUAUAUUGAUGUUGGUUGCAAUGGACGUAUAUCAGAUGGAGGUAUCUUCAAAAAUUGUACAUUAAAUCAAGCAUUGCAAGAAGCCACUUUAAAUCUACCACCUGAUAAAUGCUUACCAAAUCGCAUUAAGCCAGUACCGUAUGUUAUGCUAGGGGAUAAGGCAUUUGCUCUUUCAAAGAAUCUUCUAAAACCAUUUCCAAGGAGCAGGCCUCUUAAUGCAAAACAGAAAGUUUUUAAUUACCGACUCUGUCGUGCACGUAGAGUAGUAGAAAAUGCCUUUGGUAUUUUGACAUCACGUUUUCGAAUAUUUAGAAAACCAAUUUGUCUAAAAGUAGAAACUAUUGAUAAAAUCGUUUUAACCGCAUGUGUCUUACAUAACUUCUUAAAAAAACAAUGCCAAGAGGUUACCCUAAAUUACGAGCUUGAAGAUAUUCCAACAAGUAUGAGAGGAAUAGCUCAUCAAGGAAGUAACAAUGCGAGUGAAGUCGCGCAUUCAAUACGUAACGAAUUUGCAGAAUAUUUUUAUAAUGAAGGCCAAAUUGAUUUUCAGUGGAAACAUAUUUAGAAAUUUUUUGAUUUUUCAACAUAUGAAAAUAAUUUAUUGUUACUUAUUAAUAAAUGACCAAACACUAAAUAA